AUGGGUAAAUGGAGAAGUCUUGGUCAUGUCCCUUACACGAUUGGAGGUUUCUUUGGGCUAUUUUUCAAUGGCCAUGUUCAUUGGUCUGUGUUUGGCAAAGAUUCCCCUGAAAAACUUUUUGCUUUUGAUUUGGAUAACGAGACAUUUAAGUUGUUCCCAUCUCCUCCUGUUGAAACUAUACAAGGAAGUCACCAUUUCCUAAGUUUGGCAGUUCUUAAAGGUUGUUUAUGUCAAUCUGAUACCUUUGAGUCUCAAUUCACGCUGUGGGUGAUGAGGGAAUAUGGGAUCAAGGAAUCUUGGCAUAGAGAGGUGAUGAUCAAGGAAGGUGUUAGCCCUGCUUUAGAUUGGUUGAUGUGGGAACCUGUGUGUCUGAUUGAACGUUUAAAUGAUGGAACAAUUUUGAUGGUUUAUUAUGAAGACAAAUUGUUGGCGUGUUCUUUUGAGAAGGGAACAAUUGCAAACUCGGAUUUUUUUGACCCAUGUUUCACUGGAAUCGCUUAUCGUCCAAGCUUCCUUAAGCUCCGGAACUUCAAAUCAGAGAGAGUUCAUGUGUUUUAA